AUGCCCUACUGCCUUGGCCUCCACUCUGCAGCCAGGACCUUCUUAUCCGCGGGAUUCGCGACUCAUUUCACUGUGGCCGUUAUUAUAUUCUUAUUCAUCGUUUUUAUAACCUCUUCAUUGGAGGGCGACGAGGUCGAUGCACCGGUAUCCUUGCCAGGCAAUCCUCUCUUGGCAAUCUUUCCUUUCUUUCGCAAGAGAUACGACUUUAUCAAAUGGGGGUUUCACGCUACUGGACAGAACACUUUCCAAUUUCAACUCUUGCGUAACAAAGUGAUUGUCGUCUCGGGGGAGAGCGCACGACAGGCAGUUUUCAAUGCAAAAGGUCUUGACCUUACGGAAGGUUUCAAGAUUCUCUCCGGAGCUAUACCUAUGGUGCGCGGCGUGACGUCUGAUCUUCAGACAAAAAGAAUUCAACUUAUUCACAAACGUUUGGCCAAUGUGCAACGAAGCGCAUCACUCAGUGCCCUUAUUCCGCGUCUUCUGGAGGAUUCUCGGAAACAGAUGGAAAGUUGGGGUCCAGCCGGGACAUUUGAUCCAUUCGACAAGGUCUACGAGCUUAUAUUCCAGCUUACCAUGCGCAGCCUAUCUUCUUCGGAAAUUUCAGAUGACCCUGCCACCGUCGCGCGUCUCAAGAAACUUUAUGAUCUCCUCGACGUCGGGACCACUCCAGCUACUGUUCUCAUCCCGUGGUUUCCAACACCUGCUAUGAUCAAGAAAUUAUGGGCCACUAAAGAAAUUUAUGACAUCGUCUCUCAAGCCAUCAACGCCAGACAACAAAAUGGAAUCCGUCAAGACGACACUCUCCAAAUGCUUUUAGAUUCUGGCGACGAGAAACUUGUAAUUGUUGGGUUUAUUAUGGGGCUUUUGAUCGCCGGAGCCAGAGCUACAGGAACCACAGCCUGCUGGCUAAUUACAUACCUCGGAGGUCAUCCCGAGUGGCGGGCUAAGGCAGCCUCUGAAAUUGAAUUUCUGUUGGCGUCCACUCCUUAUUCAUCAGAUAUUUCACAACCGUUAUCAUCGCGGCUUUCCACGAUCCCCCUUGACGCUUGGGAGUCAUCAACUCCCGUCCUUGACGCUAUUAUUCGAGAAACGACACGCAUCGCUCAACCUCACACAGCUAUGAGACGCAAUAUUGGUCCAGAAAUUUAUAUCAACAACAAAAUAAUACCCACUGGGGCCUACGUUAUCUAUCCUUUUAGUGAUGUCCAUCUCGAUCCUGAGAUAUAUCCAGACCCGUGGAAAUUUGACCCGGGGAGGAGAGCUCCUGAAAAGACGCCUUUCAGUUAUGUUGGUUGGGGUGGAGGUAAGACCAUGUGUCUUGGAACGCGGCUGGCAAAGCUUGAGCUUAAGCUUGUGACUGCCAUGUUUAUACUCGGCUUCCAACAUUCAGUUGUCGAUAAAUCCGGAGCACCAUUGAAUCCACUUCCUACACCGAACUGGAACGAUAUCCUGUUCGCCCGACCACAGCAAGGCUCGUUUACCAAAUACGAGAGAAGCUCGUUGCCAUUGUAA